CGGCACAGCCAAGGGAGGGAGGAGAGUGGGAAGGAUGACGGCGCGCCAGCCAGCCAGCCAGCGAGCCUCCGCGCCCGCGCCCGCCCCAGCCCCAGCCGGGCAAGCAUUCCCGGCUUCCCAGGCCCGCCCCCUUCCUCAAGCCUGCCCCGCUUCGGACUGGAGCGGCGCCGCGCAGCGCUGCCCGGGUGCUUCGAAUCCGACGCCUCCCUUGCGCCAAGCCUCGGAGGAUGGCCGCGCCCGGCUGCGCGCCUGGGGUCGGAAAACGCGAACUUGACAAGCGGGUCAACGAGAGUGGCUGAAGGCGUUGAUUUCGCGCUCAACCCUUGCAAGGAAGGAUAUGGCUUGUUCCCAGGACACACUGAACCCCGAGCUAACCCCAGGGGCUGAGUUUGCACAACCCGCUGGGCUAGGCUAAAAUGAUGCGGACUAGUUACUGGAUCGGAUCGAGGCAACCUCCACAUUCUGCCCAGAGAAAGACGU